UCAUGGAAAUAUUCUGGAAUGAGUGGACUGACAGAUGGUGCAAAGGAGGAUCUGGUUUCUUUCUGUAAUAAUAAAACUGUCCAAUAUUGAUGCGGGUAGAACUUGCGAGGAGUGAUGCAACCGGAAAAGAAUGCAAGACAGCAAGAUGUCAGCGAACAGACAGUCAAUUCGGCAAAUAGAAUAGAUAGUAUAGCAGGCAACGACUUAAAUGUUAGAGACAGUAGUUUAGAUUUAAACAAGAAAGAAGAUGCCAGAUUAAAUAUAGCUACUAAUAAUUCAGAAGCUCAGAUUAAAGUAACUGAUUAUGAUCAGUCAAUGAACGACCACAGCAAAGAAGAAAAUAUGAGCGAAGAUGACUUUGAUCUGUACAGUGACGUCGAUUUGGACUCCGAUGACGUCAGAAGCGGGGCUGAAGAAUCUGACGAAGACACGGAAGGAGCAGCGAGUGUCUCAGAAAACGAAGACAUGGGAGGAAAUGACCAGCGAGCAAAAUCGAAUCAGCUGGUGGAAACAUCAAUCUUAGCUUUAGAUGGAAUAGAGGAGGCUAGAGUUAAAUUUCCCGAUUCGGAUAGAAAAGAUUUAGUGGAGCAACAUAGUGGUUCUAGAACAGAUUUAAAACGUAGCAGAGGCUCGAUUGGUUUGAAAAAUGAGUCUGUUUUGAGCAAACGAGAAAAACUGCUGGAAAAGAGAAGAAAACGAUCAAGAGUGGAUAAAAUCAGGGAUGAUGAAAAAGAACGUUGUAAAAAGUCGAGGAGCGGUGGAGGUGUUACAAGAAGGAAUAUCAGGAACGUAAUGCAGAGUAGUGACCUGAAUUCGGAUACCCUCCGAGCACUGAAAGAGGAAGAAGAACGCAUGAAGAGAUUAGGGAUUGUGGUAGGAGAAAACGACGCUGGGAGUCAGCUGUUGUCGGAAGAAAUGAAUUGCGAGUUAGAAGACGAUGAACUCAAAAAUACAAGCCCACGUGAUCAAACUAUAGAUGUAAUAAAAGCGCAGGAAACUGAAAAGCCUACUGUUAAAGGUAAAAGUGGAAUCAGCGGCAAAAACGUGGCAAAUGAACUGGUUGUUCUUCUGAGUGAUGAAGAUGAUGAUAGUAGUGACAAUCUGUCUGCUGGAUCAAAUCAGAUCAUUCACGGUGAGAGUUUUUCCUCCGACGAAGACGAUAUUAUAUGUAUCAGUGAGAAGCGAACAAGUCAGCCCCAUCUGCCCUCUUCCCAGCUGACCGGUGCGGGGGAGGAUUACGAGGGAGAGACAGACGCAGAGUACGAAGGCGGAGACGGAGGGGAGCCAAAUGGAGAGGCUGAUCAGUCCAACUCAAACUCGCCAGGGAUCGUGAGUCAGAACAGGAUUCUCGUGAAUGUGGGCCAUUCUUCCGAGGACCCGGACAUUUGUCUCUCUCGGGAGAUAUCUAGGACAGUGAAACCACACCAGAUCCAGGGCAUCCGGUUCCUCUAUGCAAACGUAGUCGAAAACCUAUCCAGAUUCAGGGAGAGUGCUGGCUUCGGUUGUAUACUGGGCCACUCGAUGGGACUGGGAAAGACACUCCAGGUGGUAGCCUUUUCCCACCUCCUACUCACAAACCACAUUUGCAAACGCAUACUCGUCAUUGUACCCAUCAACACCAUACAGAAUUGGGUGAGUGAAUUUUCUCAUUGGACCAACUGUGAUGUGUUCGAUCUGAAUGUCUUCCGAAGUGAGUCAGCGAAACAACAGCAAGAUGCACGCAAACAGGCAGUCAUAGACACAAAGCAGCAGCUCGUGAACAGAUUCGAGGCAAUCGUCAACAAAGUCAUUUCUGCGCCUCCUUCACAUGAAGACGAACAAAUAGUCCAUGUGCUGACUAACAUGUGCGAUGAUUGGACAGAUAUCGAGUUUGACUUCCCACUGCAGGGUCAGACUUUUACUUUUGCCUCAAUAGAAGCCCAAAUGCAGCAACUAUAUUUCGAACCUCGAAGUGAAAAUCACUCCGAGAGUCAAACUAAAUCAGUCGGCAACGCAAUUGAACCUGCAAUUGUUUUCGAUUCAAAUUUGUUACCAGAUCUUGACAUUGAUGCUGAUAAUAUAUUAACAACAGAAGUGGGAGACACUUCGCUGGACUGUUUGCCGGACUUUGAAGACCUGUUCUCAUCUCUGCCACUAGCUAUGCCGAGAAGUGAUGGACUUAAUGCUAUCAGUUCACAGAUGAGUAGGAAUAUUGAAACGGGUGCGUUGGUAUCAACCCCUGGCCAAGUCAGCUGUGCCGGAACGGAAAUGAAGCCUGGAAUAAGCCAUGACAUGAACUUUUCAUGUUCUCCUCUGACAGGCCGAGAGAAUAGCACUAAAGAAAUAUUUGAUGAAGACCAAUAUGAUGCAAUACUUAAAAACAAGGAACACGUGAAAAUUGAGCCUCCACAACAAAACUCUCAGAAAACCGGAUUUGGCGGUCAUAAUGCUCCAGACUUCUCAAAUAAUCAAGAGUUACGGCAAACAGUUAACUUUAAAGCGGAAGAGCUUAGACCUAGUGAACAGUCAGAUUCUCAGAAUGAGCCAAUUGCUGGAAUGGAUAAUGUGAUAGCUGAUGACGCUGAGAAUAAAGAAACGGAAAGUGUGCAAAAUGACAAGAACUCAGAGGAUGCAUCAAGUGAGGAGAAUGGGAAGCGUGCGAGUAGUGAGUUCACAGUCUAUAGACUGAGUGAUGACUGCAAGAAUAACAGAGACAGAUUGGAAGUGGUGAACAAGUGGCACUCGAAGGGAGGAGUGCUGCUAAUGGGCUACGAGAUGUUCCGACUGCUCUCCCGACUCAGUGCCGCUGCACUCGCCAGGACUCCCAGAAAUGCCAGCACUUAUCCCACUGCUACAGCUUCACACAAACAUGAAAACCACGCGAAUUACACGCAGGGUGAUCUCAGAACUAGAAAAGAAGUGGAGGAAGAAAGUAUGAAGGAUACAGAGUUGGUUGACCGCCUGCAGCAGCAGUUGCUGAGUGGGCCUGAGGUGGUCAUCUGUGACGAGGGCCAUAGAAUCAAGAACUGUGAUUCGGCCAUAGCCAAGAGUCUCAAUGCCAUACACACAAGACGCAGAGUUGUGCUCACUGGGUAUCCGCUACAGAACAAUCUGGUGGAGUACUGGUGCAUGGUGGAUUUUGUGCGUCCCAACUAUCUGGGCACUCGGCAGGAGUUCUGCAACAUGUUCGAAAGACCCAUCUCAAACGGACAGUGUGUGGACAGCACACCACAAGACAUCAAACUCAUGAAAUACAGGUCGCAUGUGUUGACAUCUCUGCUGCGCGGGUUCGUACUUCGGAGGAGUCACUCGGUGCUGAUCAAGGCACUCCCAAAGAAGACAGAGUUCAUCAUCCUCGUACGCAUGAGUCCCAUUCAGAAGGAGCUCUACAGUCGGUAUCUGGGCCACAUCAAACGCCCAUCAGGUGAACAACAUGGAGUGACACAGCAAGUAAAAAACGCGGGCUCAAAUUCCACGCAGUUUCCAAUGCAAGAGCUGGCAGGCGUUCACAACCAAAAAAGACUUGCGUCUAACAUAUCCGUGCACAGCAAGGUGUCAUCAGUAGGAGAAGCAACGGAGCCGCCCAGUCUGAACCCAAUUCGAGCAUUUGGAACUCUGUGUAAAGUGUGGAACCACCCAGAUGUGCUCUACAAGGCCAUGAAAGAACAGGAAGCUAUGCUUAGUGGGGGCGGCGGGGGAGGAAGUGGGAAGAAGGCGUUCAUUGACUACUCGUGGGCUGAGUCGUUGAUGAGUCAAUACAAGCCUGAAAAUAUCAACGAUGGGCCCAAACUGUUACUCCUCAUGGAAAUCAUCAGGCUCAGCGUGAGUGUGGGCGAGAAGGUGCUGGUGUUCAGCCAGAGUCUGGGCACCCUCACUCUGGUGGAGAGGAGCCUGGCCAGUCGCACGGUGCCCCACUCCAACCGCAUCUGGCAGCGCAACAGGGACUACUUCCGAUUGGAUGGGGAGACAAGUGCCACUGAGAGGGGCCACAUCAUCAACAAGUUCAACACCCUGCAGCCAUCCUCCAGUCCCGAUGACUGUGACAGUGGUGGAUGUGGUUGGGUGAUGUUGCUGUCCACCAAGGCCGGAUGUCUGGGCAUCAACCUGGUGGCUGCCAGCAGAGUGGUCAUCAUGGAUGUCUGUUGGAACCCAUGCCACGACGCACAGGCCGUCUGCAGAGUGUUCAGGUAUGGACAGAAGAGGCGGACGUUCAUCUACCGACUGGUGGCCAACAACACAAUGGAGAAACGCAUGUACGACAGACAGCUCAACAAACAGGGUAUGUCGCAGCGGAUAGUGGAUGAGCUGAAUCCGCAGUUGUUCCUGACGAGAGAUGAGGUGGAGAAACUACUAGACUGGGAGGGACAGGAGACGGAGACAGAUGUUGUGGAUCACACCAUAUCACUCAACAAGUACAGCGACCACAUACUACAAGAAGUGUGCAGCCUGUACUACCCUAUGAUCUCCGUGUCCCCCUUUGAACACGAGUCACUCCUAGUGGACAAUGACUCCAAACUGAGUGUGGCUGAGAAGAGGGAGGCGAGAGAGGGCUACCAGAGGGAGAGCCAGACCAGAGAAGUACAGCAGCUGCAGUCCUCUUCGUCCUCGCCCUACAGCAGGAACUACUCCAUACCCCUGUACAAUCGAGUAGGAGUAGGAGGGGAGCUAAGUGGGGGCAAUGACCGCUUAAUCAGUAUGUUCCAGUCCAGGAGGAACAGACCAGUGGCCAAUAUCAGACCCUUCUCUGUGCGCAAUUCAGCCGCCACUCCUCACACGCACAUUCACAUGCAGCAACCAUGGGCACACUUGUCAAAUCGGUUCUCAUCGGAAGGGACAAAUGGUGACAGCGGUUAUUCGGAGAAUCAGUUCACCCUCAGUGGCGAUGUGCGCAUUCCGGGAAACAGGACAUACAGUGGACAAGACAUGGUGCUGAGAGCAGGGGAGCUGGUGACGCUCACACGCGUCAAAAACCCAAGUCCACUCAAUCCCAGCAGCUGUCAGUUCUAUCUGAAGACGGGCAAUGGAAGUGUGUUUCAGAUGGACAAUAGCACGGCGUCUUCACUAAUGCGUGUCUGCGCUAGAAGUUCCAACAGUAACAGCGCGAAUACAUCAAAUAGCCUCGCAGUUAAUAACUUUCUUGGAGCCACCGGUCAGAAUAUGAUACCUAUGCAAAGUUCGCCGUACGAGCAAAAUGGUCCAGGUCAUUCGCUAUUCGUCGCUGAAGGACCAGGAAUUAGAACGAGUCACUUGCUUCCUCAAUCUAGCGCCAAUAGUUUGCGAAGCUUCAACUCCGCCUACACGAACAGAAACAAGCCUUCUGAACGAACGGCCAAAGUGGCCCCAAGGCAACUUAUUAAGUGCAAUGAACCGAAAGCUCCCCCUCCGGUGAUAGAACUCUCGGACUCAGAUUAGAUUAGUUAAAUAUAUAGUUAUAGUAUCGUUUUUGUUUACGCGCUGACAGUUUUGUUUCGAAUGCAUUUUAUAAUCUGUAAAAUUAUUAAGAUUUGAUUAUUAAGCUACAAAACUAGAAAAUAAACGUUUCUAGAGCCAAUGAACGUAGUGAAACUCUUUUAUAGUUCUUGAUGAAACUUCGGUUCGUUUUUUUUCCAGAAUAUUUUCUUCACGCUCAAAUUUGAUUUAUUUUUGUGGUUUGACUUCUGAAGUUCAGUUCAUUUCAUUUGUUAAAACGAAGGCAAACUCUCUUAUCAAUCAGCAAAAGUCACAAAAAACGCGAUCGAGUUCCGGUUUCGAAAGUGGUAUUUAAUUUUCGGACUUCCAAGCGGAAUAAAAAAAAUCACUUUCUAAUCCAGUUCUCAAAUUGGGUAAAUUUUACCACAAAAGUGCCACUCAUAAAUUGUCAUUGAAAUUCAAAGAGCUUUCGGGGCGAAUAUUUUUUGUUUGAAAUUCGUAAGUUAAGAGAUCAUUGACUUUUUUCAACUGUCUGUUGGCUAUGUUCUCAUUUUUAAGAGGAGUUCACUCAGCUCACCUAAAUUUACAUUAAAAAUUUCCCUAGGUUACAUGUCCACUAGGAAAAAUUAUCUGACCCCUUGUUUUUGCCUGAAACUGCAUCAAUGUUGAUUAUGGUUUAUUUCAUGGCAAAACUAGCCAAAUAAAACAAUUCAAUGUUACUUUAUCAUCAAAAGAAAGUUUCUUAGUGGAAGGAAAGCCGUAAAUUUUUGAAGAAAAAACAGCCCGAAAAAAUUGGAUUCAUUAUUUAGCUUAAAAACAAAGAAGUUAAGUCACCCCUCAACAGACACUCAUAAGCAAUUUGUUUCACUCAGGGAACGACGCAAUUGGAAGCAAUCAAGGCGAUUUGAUAUGGACAGAAAGUACAGAAUUUAGAAAAUGAGUGAGUUGUUGUUUUAGACAAAAUUGUUUUCAUACCAAAAAUUUAUGUUCCGAUUUGGUAACACAUACUAAAAAGGAGCAUAAUUAUGGAAUGCGUAACUUUAUCGUGCAUAUUAGUCGAAUAAGAAAAAUUUUCAGUUAAUAACAGUUUUUAUAAAAUUCUACGUAGAAAAAGCCAAUUACCUCCACCAUUUUAGAAUAAUAGUAUCAGCAGACAAUCACGAGCGUAUAUAGGGUUUUCUCCAAUAUCAGGGCUAACUUGCUAACAAAAAAUUGAUUUUCUGAGCGCCGCCAAAUCACGAGUGAGACCCUAUUAUGAGCAAAUUUUGCACUGCAAGCAAGUUAUAAGAAACUGGCCAAAAAGACAAAUCGGCCCUUUAUGAAAAUUAUUGACCAAAAAUUUUUUGGCAAGGGUCUUUCGGCGGUCUCUGACCUCAAAAUAAGCUUUGGGUCAAGGGGUCAAAAUGCUGAAGGGUGCGUCCGCUCCCUCCCAACAUCGCUACUGCAGACGAUAAGUCGACAAAGAAAAAUCUGGCUUCGCAAAAACAACAGGUCACGACAUUUUGUUGACGUCAAGCGUUGGAGUUACCCGCGAAUGAAUCAUUCCGGUUGCGAGACCUUUUUACAAAAACAAACUGUUAAAACUGAAACGAUAAAUAAUCCGGUUUUAAAAAAUGGAAGAUAAAUACCCGUUUUUCUCUA